GUGGAGUGGAGGCCACAUGCUUCCCGUCAAACGUGGAGCUCCACUCCGCAGCCAGACCCCCUCCCCCCAGUCUUGGUCUACGGAAGGAGAGGGAUCUCGGAUUCUAAGCUCACUCGGAUACUUUCACUUUCAUUCCUUUCCUCCGCUGCCAGCGAUGGCGUCUGCUGAUCUGAGGAAGGAGCUGGAAUGUUCCAUCUGUCUGGACAUUUAUAUGGAUCCCGUGACCCUGAAAUGUGGGCACAACUUCUGCCGGGACUGUAUCAGCCGUGCGCUGGACACACAGGAGGGGUCUGGAGGUUAUUCCUGCCCUGAAUGCAGACAGAAGGUCUGGGAUCGGCCCGCACUCCAGGGGAACACAACCCUGCGUAACAUCGUGGAGAAUUUCUUCCAUGCGGCUCUGCCAGAUGAUGGAGAGUCCAAGGUCCUCUGUACUUACUGCGUGGACUUUCCUGCUCCCGCUGUUAGAUCCUGUCUGCACUGCGAGGUUUCCCUUUGUAACAAACACAUGAAAGUCCACACAAGGUCCUCAGAACACGUCUUGACCGACCCUAUGUUGUUCCUGGAGAGCAGGAAAUGCCCCGUCCAUAAGAAGAUCCUGGAGUAUUACUGCGCCCAGGACGACGCCUGCGUCUGCGCAUCCUGUUGCCUGUUCGGAGGACACAAAGGGCACGACAUCGAGUCUCUGGACGGGGCCUCCGGAAAGAAAAUAAAUAAAAUGAGAGGAGCUUUGCAGAAACUUACGACGAGGAGCGCGGAGAUGGAGGAACGGAUCCGGAGUCUGCAGCAACAUUGGAAAGACGUAGAGGAAAAAGCAGCCGGUGGCGCAGAGAGAGUCAGCGCCUUGUUUGGAGACCUCAGGAGACAUCUGGAGGACCUGGAGGAGAAAGCCCUCGAAGAAAUCACGGUGAAGUCACACCGGGUCUUCAUAUCCAUUACAGAGCUGAUCCGGGACUUGGUAUUAAAGAAGGAAGAGCUGUCCGAGGAGAUGCGCCACAUCGAGGAGCUGUGCAACAGGGACCCAUUGACCGUCCUACAGGAAUCCGACGACCUCCGUGAUACUGAAGACGGAGAAAACGAACUAAGAGAGAGACUUGAGAAGCUCCUCCAUGAAGGAGACGCUCUAGAUGUGGCUGGGAUCGUACACUCGGGUUUAUCUGAUAUAAUAACAGAGGUAAAUGUAUACAUCUAUUUACAGGAACCCGAAGACGUAUUACUGGACGUAAAGACAGCAGAAAAUUCUCUACGCGUUUCGUCCGACGGGAAGACCGUGUCCAUAUCCGACACGGACCAGAAUCGGCCGGAAACACCAGAAAGGUUUCAAAGUUGGCCUCAAGUGUUGAGCAGCCGGAGUUUCUCCUCGGGGCGACAUUACUGGGAAGUGGACGUCGGGGGGUCGGACAGCUGGAUCUUCGGGAUGUGUUACCCCAGUAUAGACAGAGGGGUAGAGCUUCAGUCGCUGAUUGGAUACAACAGCAAGUCCUGGGGGUUGGACAUGGACGGUGACCAGUACGGGGUGAGGCAUGACGGUAAGCAGACCCUCCUACCUGCCAAUAUCUCCAGCAACAGAGUCAGGAUCUAUCUGGACUACGAGGCCGGGAGGAUCUCCUUCUAUGAUCUGUGUGAUCCCAUCCAACACCUCUACACCUUCACCACCAACUUCACCGAACCCCUCCACGCCGGGUUAGGUGUAUGGAGAGGCUCUGUAACGAUAUGUGGGGGGGGACCUGGAGAUGUGAGAACUCCACCCAGAGACUGGUGGCACCCAAAGUAAAGGGGAUGUGUUCAGCCAAUGCUUUGGGGCAAUGAGAACUUUCAAGAGGAGCUCUAAAAUCCUGGAUUUUUUUUUUUUUAAAGCAG